GUGUUCUUUCAGGCUGCUAGUUAUGGAGCGUAAUGCAGGCUUUGUGAAUCUUUUCCAAGCGCGGGUAAAGGGUGUUUUGGAUAUUCUACUGGACGUUGCCGUGUUGGAGAUAACACAUAUUUUCCGAGGGACUUUGAGUAACGUUAUUAUCCAGGAAGUUGGAGCGUCACGUGUUUCUCAAAACGAUGGAGACCAAUGUAACUUACAAGAGGUGCUGACAUGCAGGCUGAAGAAUUCUUUGGAGAAGGCAAUAUGGACACACGGAAAAACUGCAGAAACAACCACCCACAGGUCUGUUGCUGCUGCAGUGCCAGUGGGCGAGAUUGGUGGAGACCUGGAUGUUCCUCUUAAAGAUGAGACAUGUGACAUGAACUGGAACGUAGUUGAGAUUGGUAUCUCAGAGGAAAUCGUUGACCGUCUCCAGGACGGCAUGCCACAUAAUGAAGAACACCGAGUUUUACUCUUCACUGGAACCACCUGUGAACCCUCAACACCCUCAGGGUUCCGGGAACCACACUGCACACAGAGUGAAUUCACUGGAACCACCUGUGAACCCUCAACACCCUCAGGGUUCCGGGAACCACACUGCACACAGAGUGAAUUCACUGGAACCACCUCUGUGUCACCGUGUUCAGAUGACAUCUCACCUCUAACCUCAGCUUCAGAACAACUGACUGAAAAAGGGUUGCGGGCUGCUACCACCUCUAACCCCCAUCCAGUGCAUAUAAAACAAGAGGAAAUUGAACAAUUGCAGUGUAGCUCAGUCAGACUGUUAGAUGGACAGCUAGAAAAACUACAACCAGUAAGCCUAGUGGAGAAAAUUGAAACUACUUCUGUUGCUGUGAGCAUUCCAGUGGAUAUGGCAGAACAGCCCAGAAAUCCUGUGCAUCACCCAGAAGCACUCACUGUAUGUAACAAUCCCAGCACUGCUAUGGAGGAGGAACCCAGAAACCCAGAAACACUGGAGCUCAAGGAGAUGGGGAAGCUGCACAGGGUUGCUACAGGACCAAGCGCUUUACAAAAUAUUGUCAAUUUGAUUACAACGCCACAACCAAACAUGCCCAGUCUCACCCAACAGAACCACGUACACAUGCCGACACGAUCAAGCACGUUACAGGAGCCCGUUAUCACUCAAGAAAACCAUGUACACACAGCAUCACAAACUAGCAUUUUAUCAAACCCACCACCAGACAAGAAGCAGCGUGACUUUCUGUUGGGAGGCCUCUCCUUCCCCAACACAAAUGUGCACUUCCAUGAAUUGCAGAAGCUUCUGAAACCCUGUUCAGUAAGGCUGGAGAAUGUGCAGCGCAUAGGGAAGGUUGUGGGAAAUGGCUGCCAGGGACUGCGCAUCUGCUGGGACUGCGGCAAGAUCUUCUACCGGAAGCGGAAGCUGCGGCAUCACCAGCGUUUAAUCCACACCGGCGAGAAACCGUACUGCUGCUCCCAGUGUGAUCGGACAUUCUCACUUCGGACGAACCUGACAAAGCACCAGAGGAUCCAUUCAGGGGAGAAACCAUACGGCUGCAAGCUCUGUGGAAAGCACUUCCGCGUCAACGGGAAGCUGAAGGUUCACAUGAGGUUUCACACAGGGGAGAAGCCCUUUGGCUGCACACUGUGUGGGAAAAGAUACAGGUCGAUGAAGAAUUUCAAAAUCCACAUGACCACUACACACCCACACGCCAACCUGCCCCCUGCCCAACGUCUUAAGAAUUAGGCCAAAACCAGGGUCCGAACUGGAACUCUGUUCUGUAUGUAGAUGUGCUAUGUUAGACUAUGUAGGGCAAAGAAUUUGCCAAGAUGUGACAACCCCCCCAUAUAGACAUGAUGUACUUCAGAUGAAGGGCCACACCAGGGCUCUUCAAUGUGACCAUUUCACUUGCAUAUGUGCCAAUUUUCCAGCUUUGUUGCGGUGCUAACCAAUUUAGGAUUACCUAUUUGUAUUCUCGUUUUAAAACCAUAUUCUUCAUUCUGUUCCUAUAAUUUUUUUGUGUGUGCAGUUUUCUUUUUAGAGCCCUGCAUUCAACCAUGAAUGAAAGACUGAAGACUAGAAAAUGCGGGAUAGAAUAC